AUGGGCAACAGAGGGAGAAUAUCGGAGUCCCUCUUAAAAUAAAAAAGGAAGAUUGAGCUUGCUUAUCUUUAGCAGAGAUGUGGAGUCCUCUUCUCGUUGUAGCCUUGAACGUGCUGUUUGUUCAUGGAAAGAAAGCAGCCCUGCCUCAUACAAAAUGUGAGCGGACGUUCGAAAAAGUGGGAUGUUUCAAGGACAAUACCAAAAAAGGGAUGAGAACCCUACCAAAUCUCUUAGUGAAUGAUAGAGACAAAUCCAGUGAUGCCCAUGAUGGUCAACAGAUUGAUUGGCAUGCAUGGGAAGAGUCAAUGCUCAGUCUUGCCUGCCGCUGUGCAAAUAAAACCCGUGAAAAUGGUUGGAAAGUAUUUGGGUUGCAGUUCUAUGGCGAGUGCUGGAGUGGAGAGAAUGGAGAGACAGCAUUUAACAAAUAUGGUGAAGCUGAUUCCAAAAAGUGCAUCCAAGAGCUCGUCGAACCAUUCCCUCCUUGUGAUAAAAGCAAGGAUAUGGAAUGUGUUGGAACUCAAAGCACUAACUACAUCUAUCGAUUGAAAGACUUAAAACCUAAGGAUGUAAAUGGUGGCUACUCAUUGUGGUCAGAGUGGACUGCAUGCACUAAAACCUGUGGAGGCGGAACACGAGCUCGUGAAAGAACCUGUACCGACCCUGCCCCUGUGGGGAAUGGAAAGGGCUGCGACCACUUGGGUGAACCCGAGGAGGAUCAAAAAUGUAAUGAAGAUCCGUGCCCUGAUCCCUGCAAGAAAUCCCUGGACGUUGGCCUGAUAAUAGAUGCUUCAGGCAGCGUUGGAAGUGGAAACUUUGCCAAAGCUUUGAAGUUCCUCUCUGAUCUUGUCGGCCACUUGUCAGUAUCCCCACAAGGUACCCACGUCGGUGCCAUCGUCUAUCAUUCAGUGGCCACAUUAAAAUUCAACCUGGCGAAAUCGGAAUACCACAGCCUUUCCAAGCUACAGGAAGCCAUCAAGGGCCUGAAAUAAACUGGUGGAGGGACAAGAACGGAUC